AUGUCUUCCAACAAAUAUCCUUCACCCAAUGUGGUGCCAACAAAAAACGGCACCAAUAAAGCACCAUUGUGCGAGUCCAGUAAAGUUUUGGAUCUCAAAACCGCCACCAGAGAUGAAUUGGCCAGUAAAGUCUGUGAACUCCAAAACACCUUGGCCAAGAGAGAUUCUGAAAUAAUCCAUCUUCGGAAUGAAAUUGAUAAAUUUCGGCAAGUUGUCAAACGACUUACAGAAGCAACUCUGGAACGCCGAGGAGUUAAGGCGGUCCAUCCUUCAGGAGCUUGUGUUCUUCAGCAGUUGCAGGAGGCUCUGCAGCCGGAGGAUAAAGAUAUUUCGGUCACCAGUUUGGGUAAUUCCAUUACUGAAAUACAGAAUGCUGAGAGGAAUUUGGAUCAUAGGCCAGGGGUGCAUAUUGAGGCAUCAGGACGUAUAAAAAGGCAGGCUAUUAGUGCCGAGCCUAUUAGUGAAAGCAUCAAAUGGAAAACUAUUGUUAGAAUACCCAAAAGUGCAGAAUCUCGCGAUAUCAUCAAAUCUGCUAUAUUGGACAAUGACUUCAUGAAGAAUUUGGAAAUGACCCAAAUUCGGGAGCUGGUGGAUUGCAUGUACCCUGUCACUUAUGAAGCUGGAAGUGUCAUCAUCAAGGAAGGAGAUGUCGGCAGUAUCGUUUAUGUUAUGGAAGGUAGGAAUUGA